CUGUACCAUUGUGAGAUUAAAAAGAAGGAGUGUUUAUUUGUUCCAGUUGAGUAGGCUUUGUGUAAAUAUUGAUCAUUGUUCAAAACGGGAUUAAAACGUAGGUCUUGGUAAGCUUGUCUGAAAAAUUAAGAAAAGUAGUUUGGUUUUCUACUGAUUAAAUUUGUGCUCAUUGUUACAGCAAGCCAUAAGAGUACCUGUUUCCGAUGUUUCAGCGUAUGCAUUGACUAGUGUAGUUUCGUAUGUUUAUAUUAAAACUUCACUACGUACUAAUUUGAAAUUCAUCGUGGCCAUCAUUAGUGGUUAUAUAUCACUUUCACAGUGCAUCAAAAGUCCUAGAUUCAAUUUGGUUUCAACUAGAAGACUAAAAGAAAUUAAGAAGAAUUACCAUGGAAAGUUUCAUUAACUUUGAAGGUUGCCUGAACGACGAUUGGCUCGCUAACCCUGCAGUUUCAAAUUUCAACGACGGUAUGCUUAAUAAAAACAUAUUUUGUUAAAAGACAUAUAUUUCAAAAGAACAGUAUGAUAUAGUAAUAACGGUGUUGCAAGGUGUUACACUAAUGUUGCUAUAAUGUCGCUAAUUGCUGGGUAAUUGUUACAAUUUGUGCCGUUAUAUAUUACGUAUUAUAUAUACUGCUAAGAUUCUCAGCGAUUUACUCUGUAAGUUUGAUGACAGCAACGGCUGCUCCAUGACGGACUUCCUAGCGAAAGGUCUUUGAUUGAAACAUCGAAGUAUAUUUCUUAUGAUACUUUUCAGAUAGUUCAUUCAUUCACCAGCUUCGUUAUUAGGGAGUUUACGAUCUACGACGCGGCCUAAAUUUCGGCUCAAGAAUGAGCGCUAAGCAAUUUGAUUACUGUAAUAAAUAUUUGACGCCGAGUUUUUCAAAUAGCCUUACGAACUGCUAAGUGUGGCUAAAGCGAUGCAAUAUUUGCUGUAAUUUCGACUUUAAUUAAGUAAUACCUCUUGGGCCGCAUUAAGCUUCACGUUGCUUGAAAGACGUGAUAUAGAGACCUUAGAUUGACGUUUACGGCAAACGUCAAACCUCUAGCGAAGUUUUUGAUUUUACAACUCUAUUAUAAUAGCUUUUACACCAGUUUUGAAAUAUGUUAAACUUAUUAAACUUGUGCUCUUUAGCAAUGAUUUAAGAAAGCAAAUUAACCACUAGUCAUGCCAUUCACCAAAGCAGUAAAUUAAGACUUGGCGUUUGAAGUUGACGUUUGGCGUAUAAAUUUCAUGCUUUAACGACUACAAGCCCUCGUAGCAGUUCAAGCAUAAAAUUUAUACGCCAAACGUCAACUUCAAACGCCAAAUCUAAAUUUACUGCUUUAGUGAAUGGCAUGACUAGUGGUUAAUUUGCUUUCUUAAAUCAUUGCUAAAGAGCACAAGUUUAAUAAGUUUAACAUAUUUCAAAACUGGUGUAAAAGCUAUUAUAAUAGAGUUGUAAAAUCAAAAACUUCGCUAGCGGUUUGACGUUUGCCGUAAACGUCAAUCUUAAGGUCUCUAAUCGUUGUGCUGAGUAUGACAACGCCGUUGAGAAUAUACCCCUGGGACCACGAAUUAUUCACAGUUUUUGUCUUGCAUGACAAAUUUCUUUGUUUUGAAAGCGCGUCGUCGAGCCGGCCACGUCGCACUCGGGAUUGUAAACUCCCUAUUAUACAGGGUGUAUCAAAAAAAGCGCAACCUCUGAAUUUCCCAAGAAAUCCACAUUGUUUUAAAGACAAAAGAUUACUGCACACGCGAGUGCAUAAAGCAAAAUUUAUGCAUUUAUUUAAUGCACAACAACAGUAAUAUGAUCUAUUGACAAUCCGAUUUCAAUUCCCAGGGGCCUAAAAUCUUUUAUGCUUAAGAAUUGCAAAGUGAUUUCUUAGGAAAUUCAAAAAACGCAACCUCGGAAUUUCCUAAGAAAUCACUUUGCAAUUCUUAAGCAUAAAAGAUUUUACGCCCCUGGGAAUUGAAAUCGAAUUGCUAAUAGAUCAUAUUACUGUUGUUGUGCAUUAAAUAAAUGCAUAAAUUUUGCUUUAUGCACUCGCGUGUGCAGUAAUUUUGACAGUUAUGCUACUUUAAAUUCCCAGGCGCCUAAAAUCUUUUGUCUUUAAAACAAUGUCGAUUUCUUGGGAAAUUCCGAGGUUGCGCUUUUUUUGAUACACCCUGUAGUUCAUCACCACUGGAACUCAACUGUUUAAUUAAUAGUUUUACAUUGUUCCUUGCUAGGUUACCAAGUAGGAUCCAACGUUGAUAUCACUAUCGUUGACUCCGGAGCAGAAUCAAUAUGCCAACAUAAUAACACUUAUACAAAAUGGAAGAUGCCCACUUCUGGGGGAUCACAAAAUGGUGGAGAAAAUUCGAACAGCUCUCCAUGGGUAUGACGAGUUUGAGUGAGCAAUUUCAUUUAAGGCCAUGCUGCAUGUUAUGUACGUAUAGGUUGCACUAAGCAAUAUCGUGGUCAACCUACAGUUUCCAUACAAAGUGAGAAAAUAGUGUUCAUUAUAUGUACUGUAGUAAUCUUGUAUAGUUGUAUUUGAUGGCAAAUAGUUAGCUAGAAUUGGGAACAUAGUUUGCUCUUAUAAACGUCAACAUCUCUGGGUUGACCACCAUUUAGUGCUUUCCAGCAACAAUACCAAAACUUACGGUUAGUCUAAAUUAAUUUUUAUAUGACAAUAAACUAUAUAUUAUGAAUGGUAUAUGAAAAUUCCAAUUACCUACUGGCAUGAAUACCUGGAUCUUGUUUAUCUAUUCAAAUGUAUUUAUGAAAAUUCCGACAAAAAUGUGAAACUAAAUUUACCAAAUCGUGUGACCAGACGCUCUAGUUCUACAUCAGGACUCCUUCUUCAGAUUACCAAAUCAAAACACAUGCAGUAACCUUUCAAAACAGUUUUUUAUAUCAGAGCACGCAGAACGUGGAACACUCUACCAAUAUCUUUAAGAAACUUAACUUUAGUUAUUGUCUUCGUUUAAACGUUGUCUAUUUAAUUAAUAUUUUUUAUUAACUUCUAAUGUUUAUAACCCAGAAAUGAAUUGCCGCACACAUACAAGACUGUUUGUGUCAAAUGUCACAAAGCCCAUCCUUUGGAUUCACUCAGUGACACUUUGUGUUGGCUAGUGCCCUUUCUUUAUAUUAUGUGAUGUCUUUUGUUGUUUUUUAUUGUGAUGCACUAUUUAGUGUUUAACUCUUUGUAUACAAUAUUUCUAUGUAUUUUACAACUCACGCGGGGAACCAGUUAUUGGAGCUUCGGCUCUGUGGGUGCGCCCUUCUUGUUUUGGGGUAAAUAAAAUAAAAUAAAUAAAUAAAAUAAAUGAAUAAAAUCUCGUCCAUGCAAUAUUCGUUCGUCUUUUCAUAGGUAGUGACGUUGAAAGUUUUACGUCCAGUGCAAGUUACUAGUUUGUCUGCAUGGGUUCAAUUCGUCGAACAAGAUGAAUUGAUUCAAGUACCCGUACAAAAUGGACGUUCUGUGCAAAGUAAGAACAUUGAAAAACUUUACUUCUCAUGGUGUUUCCGAAACUGUUCUCUCUAGAGGUCCAGUUAGGGUCUUCUUUAUUUAACUCUGUUAGUUAGCCCCCUGUCUAAAAUAUCAGCAGAAAUGGAAGAAUAAUUUAAUUAUUAAGAAGAGGGUUUUAAUAUUCCCAUGACCAAACCUUUGUAUAAACGGAUGAAAUUUAUCGAAGAUUUGUGUCUGAAAUUGAUUACCUGGUUUUCAUAUAAAGUAAUGCCCUAUCACACUUUUGUGUCUACUGUGAUCAAACAUUUUUAUUAUAGAUGUUGAUGGAAAUCUGGUUGAAGACAGUUUCACCAUUUCUCUCCAAGAAGUCCUGGACAUGUGUACAGAGGAAACUGGGGGCGCUUUAAUAAAGUUAAUUCUUUAUUUUGGCCAGCUUGAGAUAGCCAGUUAUGAUGUAUGUCAGUUUGAAAUCAAAGGUAAAAUGAGAAUAGUUAAUUAACUUGGAAAAUAUUUAGCGAUGCAUGUUAUUAUUUAGAUCUCCAAGAAUUUGGCCAUAAAGUAAUGUAAAAUGUUGUCGACUGGUUAUCUCUGCUAUCCAUAGUACCAUCUAGCACGUGCAUUAACAUUGGCGUUUGGAGUGAAGCCCUUCGUCCAAGGGCGUAAAUCCUGAGGGAAUGACUCAUCCCACUCUUUGGGGGUGGGGGUGGGGGAUAAAUAUAUGAUUAUCAUCCCCUACUUAAGUUUAGCUACAGUCAGACUUUUCUAAUAUGAACACCGAAAAGACAUGCAGAGCAUACUAACUUAUAGAAAAGAGGCAUUCGUAUUAUUUCCGUACGGAGAGUUUCACCAUGCAUACGUUAAGAACUAUUUAAAACACCAGCAGGAGUGCUUUAUUAGAUAUAAAUGCCAUCUCGUGCUCGAGUGUUUUAUAUCGAACAAAGCACAGAUCGUCACUACGAGUGUUUUAAAUGGCUUAAAAACGACCCAUUUGAUGAGUUCAUUGGCGAAGAAAUUUUAAAAUUAAACGUUGUCUUAGCCGAGAAAAUGAAAGCUAAAGUUUAUGUAAAUUAACAUGAUUCAUAGUUUAUCACAUAUGAAACCACCUACACGAUAGUAAUUUCCUUUCUCGUUUCCUCAUGAAUUUAAUAUUAUAUAUGAGUUUUUAAAUCAAAUUAAAUCGUCAGCCGUCAGGGACACUUGAGUAAAGUCAAAUCGUCACUCAGCUUUCUUGUCCUAGAGUUGCAAGUUGACGUUCAAGUUAGUGAAGAGGAAUACAAAGAUGGCGGUACAAUUGGGAUUCGACAGAAGAAGCAGAUGGUCACUGGGCCACAUAAAGGACGUUGUCAGAGGCUGGAGAGAAAGGUAUGAAAGUAUAUUUAUAUCUGGGUACUGUUGAAAGUUUUGCACUUUUCAUCUUUUUCGUGUAUGGCUGCAUCUAGAACGCAUAACACAGACAGCUUCCUAGUGCCGCCGUGGUUCUUAAAGUUUUAAAUUUUUCAGGUAGUUCAGACACAAACCACUUCUGUUUAUUGUAGAAUACCAUACCUACUUACUCUGGACGCCAAAGUUCGAGGCACCGUAUAUAUUAAUGCAUUUGUAUUUAUGUUUGAAUGACUGUCCACUUGUAUAGUAAGAAAUACCAGUCUUACUAUAACCAAGGUAUACAUUCUGUGACUGAACAUCCAGUCUUUCCUCAGAAUAUUAUGGAUGAGGCAUAAAAGAAACAAGAAAACUAUAGCUGGAUAGGGAUUCAACAACCUCAAAAAUACAAGUAAAACGUGGACGUUUCGAUCAAAGGCCCUUCAGUGUUAAUGGCACUGUCUAUAUUGCAGGCACAGACCAUUCAAGAUAACAGAAACAGAUAUCUAUAAAGGCCCAUUUCCACUCAGGAAAAUUUUCCGCAGAAAGAAAAUUUUGUGAAAUGUGAUUGGCCGACACAAAUUUUCCGUUGGAAAAAAAUUUUGAAGUUGAAAAUUUUCAACUUUUAACAAUGAUAUUUUCGGAAAAUUUUCUGUCCGUGGAAAUUUUUCUUGAGUGGAAAUGGGCCUUUAGAUAUUUUUAUGAUUUUAUUUCGUAAUGAAUUUACUACUCAAAUCUAUAUUUGCCCAUGUGUUUUUUCUUUCUUUCUAGGACCUCAAUUUUUUCCUGAAAACAAACAUCGCUUUGGAUCAAGUGACAUUACGUGGAUACGUGAGACGUGUUAAUGAUAUGGCAAUGUUUGGAAAACAGAAAGCUGUUACUGGCGAAACGGAAAUACCUUUAACUUUUCUGCGAAGUUCCAUGCAAGGCGCCAAUGGUAAGAAAUCUAGAUCUCAAACAGUGGAAUUUGCAAAACAAUGAAAGGACAAUGGACUUGGUGACACUAUGUUAUAACUGUUAUGGAAAAGCUAAUUGAAAAUGAAGAAUAAUAGAAUAAUUUCAGCUUUUCUUUUAAACUAUAGAUCCAGGAGCCUUAAUAAAUUAUGUUCACAGCUUCACAGCUGAUCUUGACCCUGACAAAUUUUACUUGGAUCAUCCUGGAAAGGAACUUUAUACGUCGGACAAAACUACACCAGAAAAUAAUAUCUUUAUUUACGGACUAAGAAUUUCUGUCGGCCGCCAAUCCUUUGUGAAAGAGGUUUAUCAAUUCAAAACAAAGAGUAAAGGUAAAACGUUUGCCAAUUUCAGAUAGUAUGACCGUUUACAGCCGUACUUACUGUAGUCUCUAUAUGCAUGUACCAAGUAAAUUCCAUAUGAUUAUUCUUUGACUCCGUGUUAUCUUCAGAGCUGUUAACUGUGUAGAAGCAAUCCAAUUAAACCUAAUAUGUCUUUUUGUUUUAUUUGCAAAUGAAUACAAGACAACAGAUACUGCACAGGUUUACUUUGACAACAGCCGUCUACUACACGAUAUUUAUACACGAUGUUGUUGCACGAAACCUAGUCGGUGAACGUUCAUUAGCUAUAGAAAUAUACUUGAACCUGUAGGCCUACCUUCGCCGGCUAAUUUCCAGGAUAGUUUAAGUUGUGGAGGGUUUUACGACCACAAUUAAAAAGUUCCAAAUAAAUAUUUUGGCAAGCACAGGUCAGUGAUGAACUUUCUGUGAUUGAUUUGCUAUUGUGUGCAUAAAGGAUACGCAAACAACAGCAAUAUCCAAAAGUUGGUUGAAGGUCCAACCGCCUAAUUUGGACUACCAAACCGACAGAGCAUUGGACUGGUGCACUGCCAAAUCAAAGGUCGCGAGUUCAAAAUUUUCAGCUUGCCCAAUGUGGACACACUCAGAGAGCAUGAUCACAAAUAUAUUUGUGAAUGACUACAUAAUAUAACUUUAGAAAAAUUUGGACAUAUAUAUUGAUAAUCGAAUCGCGAUUUGGUAUUUUACUUUCUACACAGAAUACUCGCUCAGCAAGCACCAAUAUAUCUCGGCGAUGGAGCUGGAGGCAACUCGAGCACACAUCAGGGAUCUCAAGAUUCAAAAGUUGACAACAGUCAGAGGUGAUAUAGCGUACUCUUGGGAACUCAUGAAUGCUGAUACUGCAGGAAGAUACGAGGAAGGAGACGUGGUUGGAAUAUUUCCCAACAAAAAAAAACCUAAUGACAAGACGUAUUUAGAUCUUCUUACACCAAACAACUACAAGGAAGCAAUCAUAGCUGGUGUCAUCACAAGAUCGUAUUAUAUUGCUGCAAAUUCACAAGAAGGUAUUGGCCGAUUCAAAAAGUAGCUGCCACAAUUUUGCAUUAUUUUCUAUUUUAUGCAUUAUCAAGCUAAUAAACAAUUUUUUGUUAAAGUGUAAAAGAUUGAACACAAUCCAUGCAAGUGAAAUUAUAGCGCUUUGAAAUAUGAAAAUAAUACCAAAAUGUUUUCGAAAGUUGGUUUGCCUCCCCCCUCUUCUCCCCCGUCAACAUUGGUAGGCCAACUUUCAUCAAUAUCGAGCAAAUUUUUGUCCGUCCUCCCCUAAUUUUUUCCCUCCCGUACACCUAUGCUAACAAAUGAAGAAAUUGAGUAAAAUUUUUAUUAGAACAAUAUUGAUAUAUCAUCGUAUGCUAGCACUUUACAGUAUAAAAGAGUAUUAACCACUAUCAUGACAAUUUUGCAGAUGACCACGAACAUCCCUGUGAAAAGAUCUGUAUGGUGGGUAAAAUCUCGAUAAAAGUCUCUGGUCCAGUGAAACAUGGUGACUUCAUUUACGCAUCGAAUAAACUACCUGGUGUCGGAGUCACCGAGGAACAAUUGAUUGCAGAUAAAGGUAGUUUAAUUUGAUUCCAGUAACAGUAUAUAAAGUUCAUUCAAAUUGGUCAGGAAAGAAUUUUCAUGAUACGAUUUAUCCCGGCUAGCCCGAUUCAUAUGAAUAGCCCCUUAUCCUUGACUAUUUAUCUUUACAACAAUUAUGAUAUUACUUUCCUAGCCCGAGCAAGUUUUCUAUGACAAGCUAGUUGUUCAUGUGACAAGUUUUAUUUGCGCUCGUCUAUAUAUAGGCUACGCGCAACUUUGACAAUUUUUUCUAUUCUCAAGUGCACUGGUCAUAGAAAAAAUUGUCAAAGUAAUCUGAGGAUUUGAUGUAAUUGGCAAGCGGACUAUUAUAAUUUUUCUGUCGCCUCUUUCUGACACGUUCACACCAGUAAAUAAAACUUGUCAUAUGAAAACUUGUCAUAUAAAAUUUGUUGCAUAUACACACGUUCACUUGGCAAAUAAAACUUGUCAUAGAAAACUUGCUCGUCUGUAACCGGCUUAACUUUGUCCUUUCAUGUCAACUUUGUCCUUUCAUGUCAACUGCGUGGGAGGAAACCGUAGUGUCCGAAGAAAGCCCACAACUUUCUGCAGAGCGUUGACUCUUUUCACAUGAGUCCAUGAGUUCUGCUAUUUUAUGGCGAUUCGACACUCCGUGAUCACUCAGUGCUUAACGAAACCAACUUUUAAAAUGAAUUUUGACGUAUUUUUCUCUCUCCAAGGUGAUCGGCGUGAAAAACGUCUGUUAGGAUACUCACUCGAAACCAGCGCAAAAUCUGACGUGAAACUUGUCAGUUGUGUCGUGUCAAUCUUGCUGUCAAUCAACAACGAUCAAGUCGAAAGACUGCUUUCAAAAAUGGAAGAAAGUAUGUCUGAAAACUUCGAGAGAAAAAUUGACGAGUUUCGAGAUGAUGUAGAUAUCAAAAUGGAUGGAAUGAGUCAGAUAGUGAAUACGACACAAAAUUACGUGGCAACGAAGAGAAGAGGUAGCUAGCUAGUGUGGAUAUGUUUAAAAUGUUUUCUCGUCAUGGCAUGCAACGGUUAUACUGAGGCCACGGAUAUCCACCGGAUAGCGCUUCUUUCACGCUUUAUUUUAAAAUCAUGCACUAUGUAUACUAGCCUGCAUGAGCCCGAUGCUGAGCAUGACAUGGUGGUCUCAAGUGGUCAAGAUUUUCCCGCACUUUUUAUUUUGCUUUAUUUCGACUUAUUUAAGGCAGAAUAAGGCUCAAAUUGUACGUUUCAAUAGCUCUUAAUUAUGCUUGAGUGGCCUAAUAUUUUUCUUGGGCCCUUAACCUCGUAAUCUCGAAAUUCUCACCAUGAGCUCCACCUUUGAAUUUACUAUAUGAGUAAAUUCGCUGCACCUAACCCUACCCCCAACCCUACCCCUAACCCCUAACCCUAACCCCUAACCCUAACCCCUAACCCUAAUCCAACUUUUUAAAAAAUUUUUUUGAAAAUCUAACUUUUUUUUACUUUUGUUAACUUUUUUGAUAUUGAGUACACGCCAGCAUGUUCAGUUAAGAUGAGCUGGCUCAUCUGAGCUUCGAUUUGUGGCCGCGAUUUUGUGCAGACCAAUUUUGAUAAGCUGGAAAAUUAUUAUCCGGUGGAUACCAGGGCAGUCUUUGGGUGCUACUGUUUUAUCCUGUAGUAGUUUCAGCUAGUUCUUCCUGGAUAUCUAGGAAGAACUGUUUAGAACAAAUAGUGCUAUUUCGUAUAAAUUAUUUUAGUUAAAUCUUCAAAAUAUAAUGACUAGCAUAUAAUGAAUUUUCCAUCUCCUUUUGUUCAAUUUAGAAAUAUCGCGUCGAACCUGUCGUGUUUGCUCGGCGAUAAUAUCCUUCUUCGUCCUUGGUAUCUUAUCAUCUUAUUUCUUUCUUUCGCCAACGUCACCUUACAUCAAGUGGGAAUGUCGCCGGGAUUCUUUACCCGGUACUAUCACUUUCAGAAUUGACAACAAAGAUGACGAUGUAAAUGAAUAAUUAUCAACACGGGGGUUUAAUUAUUAUUGAAUAAAAAGUAUCGUGAAUUUUUAAACCAAUACCACACAUCACACAUGAUGGUAAUUUUGGAAUGUUUGUGAGAAAAUGAUCGAUGCUAAAUGACUCCAUUACAUGUAUAUUUACCACUGAUUUAGAUGAAUUCAGUCAACAAUUUAUACCGGGAUGUAUACACUCCCAUAUGUAUAUAUCGAAAACUUUUGCACACUUCAACCACACCCCUCCCCUCGUUGACAGUAAUCUUGGAUUUUUUGGGCAAAUUCACCAACGUCGGGCAAAUUUUUGGCCCUCUCCCCUAAUUUUUUCUGUUUUCGCGCUAUCUGUUGCACGAGGAGGCCUAAUUUAAAUCUAUGAUUCACUGUCAACCAGCAGUUGAUUCAAUAUACAGCAUAGGCAUUUUGAUUUUAGCCAUUUGUCUACCUUUUUAUAGAAUUUUGUUCGAAUGGAGGGUAUUCUAUUUGAUGUGGUGGAUCUGAGACAUAAAAUUGGUGUGGAUUUUGCUCUGAAGAAGAAUUUUACUGGUAAAAUUUGAAUAUCUCUAUUCACGAGUAUAUAUAAAAUAUCCUCUUUAGCGCGGCAGUCCUAUGUGAAGGUAGCAUACUCUUCUAUAAACCGUUGAGUAUUUUCUUGGAACUCCCUAAAACAGUAAGAGAAAAUUUUGACAAAGCGGCCUUUCGACUUUCGUGGAUUUUCGCGGUCUGCAGAUUAUAGUGGUGGUACCAUAUGGGUGGUACAGACGAGCAAGUUUUCCUUGACAGGUUUUCUUGACAUUUUUACUUGCAGGGACGUAGCGACUGGGGGGUGUGGGGGUGUAACCUUCGCCCCCCCCCCAACUGUGAAAGAUAAAAAAAUCAGAUAAAAUUCUAGUUAAAAUUUUGACAUUUUCAUGUAAAAUUUGACAUUUUCAUGAAAAAUAAAGUCGUUAUUAUUGUGAAAUGGUAACCAUUUGUGAAAUGGUAACCAAUACAGAGUUUUUUGGCGGAGGCCCCCAGAUUCCCUUGUUUUCAGAAACUUAAUAUCACAGUGGAAAUCAUUGACAAAAAGCUUUAUUAUCAUUAUUACACUUCAGGUAAAUUUUUAACAUCGAAGUUCAAAUUUCAGGUAAAAUCCUCCGACACCCCCCGCCAGCUUGAGAUGCUUCGCUACGUCCUUGUUUACUUGUUCGUAUUGUAUUGCAGACACUAGUAAUAUUUUCCGAUAGACAAGGAGCCUUGUCCACUAGAUAGUCUAAAUUAUGACUUGUCAGCUUUUGGGCAAGGAAAAUUGUUCGCAAUAUUUUGCUGUGUAUAAAGUCUGUUUUACACUUUAAUCGUAUUAGUGCAACGUGUCGUAUACUUUUCCCAAGAAAGAAAUACAGCUUGUUUGGUCAUGAUGUUUAGAAUGGAAAACAAUGUUUCUUGUCUUUCCAGGUUCAUAUUAUUUAAAUCUUAGAAAAUGCAAGCGUGAUAAUCUUCGUAAAGUGCUUGGUUGGUUCAGCAAUCCUCCAGUCUAUUCUCGUGCCCAGGUAUUCGCCGCGUCUUGUGAUUGUGGGGAGGUUUUCCAUUAUCAUCAGUAUCUCUCAUGGGUGCAGUAUUCUCCUGUAUUCAACUGUCACUGCGACGGAGACAAAGCUUCUCAAUGCAAUCAAACUACAGCUGAAGAACGUAAAUGUUUUGAAAUUUCUGACUGACAUUUGUUUUCAUUCCUUAGUUGAAUAUUUGGUCAGGGGCCUAAAACUGUAUAUAAGCCUGUCACGCGGUCAAUAUGACACACGAGGCUUCAUAACACGACACUGGAAAAGUUUGGAACAGUAUGAAAUCAGUGAGCUCCAUAUAUAUAGGCGGCGCGAAGAUAUGACGCUUAUCUUCGAUUAUAUAUAUAGUAGAGAGUGAGAUACUGAAAAAUACACAGUGAGAUAUUUUUCAUAUCUUCACUAGUGAAGAUAUCGAUCACGUGACUCAGUUUUUCCAAUUUGCUUUUGAGCGUGAAAUUUCACAAUUUUUGCUUGAGACUAUAUCCGGUUAUGGAUUUGGCGGCCAGAGCCCCUCGUCGCGCUCGGUCGAACGCGCGUAAGAAGGGCUCUGGGUACGAGAAUGAGCGCUCGUGUGUUAUAUGUGUUGCAGAUUACCACAAAAUGACACAAACACAGUCCCGCCUUAGCAAUCUGACGUCUGUGUUGACAAGAACGUCGUUUGCUUAAGCUCGCUAUUUUAUGAUAAAUGCACUGAAACCGUUACAAUAAUUAAUUAUUAAUGUUAAUUGCAGCUAUUAUCUAAAGCUAUUAAUGUUUUAAGCCGUCGUAGAAUUAAUGAUGUAUAAAACAUACUCAAUAUGUUGACCUGCUACAAUUUUAAUAACGUUCUAAGUGUUCUAGAAGGCAAACAACAUUUAGGACAGAGUGACGCACAAACGUACUGUUGGUUUAUAGAGUCGUCGAAACGUUG